CCGGGCACGCGCCCGGACUUUCGUCGGUGGGCGCCAAACCCCGCGGUCAGCGACGCGCGGGCUGCGGCUCUCCGCUUUCGGGUUCCGAGUCAGAACCCCGGAGGAUUCGAAAGCCCGGGCGGGGGGCGCGGAAGGGAUUCCGCCUUGAAAACCUCGGGGAGACUGUGGGAACUGAUUCUUUUUUCUGCUUGCUCACCUUUCAAUAUGAAGGAGGAUCAAGUUGUGCUGGAAGAACCAGGAUUCCAAGAUGAAGAGGAAUCUUUGUUUCAAGACAUUGACCUGUUACAAAAACAUGGGAUUAAUGUGGCUGACAUUAAAAAACUGAAGUCAGUAGGAAUCUGCACCAUCAAAGGGAUACAAAUGACAACGAGAAGGGCACUAUGCAAUGUCAAAGGGCUCUCAGAAGCAAAAGUGGACAAGAUUAAAGAGGCGGCCAACAAACUUAUUGAACCAGGAUUCUUGACUGCCUUUGAGUAUAGUGAGAAGAGAAAGAUGGUUUUCCAUAUUACCACUGGGAGCCAGGAAUUUGAUAAGUUGCUAGGAGGUGGAAUUGAAAGCAUGGCAAUCACAGAAGCUUUUGGAGAAUUUCGUACUGGAAAAACCCAGCUCUCUCAUACCCUCUGUGUGACAGCUCAACUUCCAGGAGCAGGUGGCUACUCAGGAGGAAAGAUUAUCUUCAUUGAUACAGAAAACACUUUCCGUCCAGAUCGUCUUCGGGACAUUGCUGACCGCUUCAAUGUAGACCAUGAUGCAGUACUGGACAAUGUACUUUAUGCACGUGCAUAUACUAGUGAACAUCAGAUGGAGCUACUUGAUUAUGUAGCAGCCAAGUUCCACGAAGAGGCUGGCAUCUUCAAGCUAUUGAUCAUUGAUUCCAUAAUGGCCCUUUUCCGAGUGGAUUUCAGCGGUCGUGGGGAGUUGGCUGAACGGCAACAAAAAUUGGCCCAGAUGUUGUCACGACUCCAAAAAAUCUCAGAAGAAUAUAAUGUGGCUGUGUUUGUGACCAAUCAAAUGACUGCUGAUCCAGGAGCAACUAUGACUUUUCAGGCAGACCCCAAAAAACCCAUCGGGGGACACAUUCUGGCUCAUGCUUCAACAACAAGAAUAAGCCUAAGAAAAGGAAGAGGAGAACUGAGAAUUGCCAAGAUUUAUGACAGUGCCCCAGUAUUGAUUAAUUUCUAAAGAAAUGGCUCAGUCUGACUAAGCAACAUAAGCUGCCAAGGAGAGUAUACCAGAAUGCCUGUGAUACGGAAGAAUGGGCUUUAAUGGCAAGCAGACCGGAUGUAAAGAUUGACCUGAACUACGCAUUGCCUCCGGUGAGCAAGUUCAAGUGAAGUUAAGGUUGCUUGAUGAACAUGGAAUCAAAAUAAGGUUUCUUGGGUAUAAAUCUUAAAUUCUUAAUGGGCUCUGAUGGCCCACUGCAUUUAUCCUCAUUCAUUCAUUCACAUGUAUAUUUUAAAUAUGUUAUGGAGUACUUAAGACAAAAAAGUAUAAGAAAUAAUGCAAUGAAUUAUUUGUGAAAUGAAAUAUUACCAAUAUAACUGGAAGACCCCUGAAUAUCCUCUAGGAUCGAAUCUCUUUCCUCCCCCACAGAAUUAUUCACUUUUAUGAAUUUGUUUUCAAAUACUCCCAUAUAUUUCUUUAUUCUUACAUUACAUAUAUGUGCAUCCCUAAGUUACGAAGCAUACUGUCUUGUAUUCCACCAAUACUGAAACACCAGUUAGUUGCCAAGUACAACAGAUACAGUAAUGAUUAAUCAAGACAGUCUCUGAGGCAUGAACUUGCAGGGAAAAUCACCCAAAUCACCCAAAUCACCACAAAGCAAACAGCAAACAGCUACAAAGCAAAAGGCCAGGUAGCUAUGAGAGUAUGCACUGAGGGAACUGCCUUGUCUGGGGUUGACCUGACCAGGUUUGGGGCAGAUACGAAGACCUGCCAGGCAGCCUGGACAUUCACAUUGUCUGGACAAGGCACCCUCUGCCUUGGGUAGCUCUUGGAUGGCUACUUUGCCAACCUUCCCUCCACCCACUUCCUCAAAUACUUUCACUCCUUGUUGGCAGAGAGCAAAAAAACCUGUCCUGAACACUACAGUCCCAAUUCAAUUCACAAGUACUGCCCAGGGAGUCAACUCCCUCAUUUCCCAAUCUAAGAACUGGUCUUUGCAGCAAUUCCAAUAGGUAGAGGAGGUAAAGCCAUGUGAAUCUACUCGCCCUGACUUCUCUACUCUGAGCAGGAGUCCGUUAGGGGAAACAACAGGGCUGCAGUACCCCCAUAAAUUCUCAAACAUAUAUGCCUAGGAUUAUAUAUGUAUUUAAAAGCAAAAGUCUUCCCUUUUGAUUCGAUCUGAACCACCCCCAGAUCAGGUAGGUAUAUGUGUGAAGGGGUGUGUGUGUGUGUGUGUGUGUGUGUGUGUGUGUGUUUAGGCUUGAUGUCCUUGUUUGACACAGUCCUUCCCUAAGAGAUAACCCUGAUGCUAGUUGGUUUUCCUCCAAGUGUGUGCAAACUGCAUUUUGUCCCUGUGAUCAAAAUUAUUUAAACACCAGAGAUUUCCUUCUCAUUAUAUAAUGCCUUAGAGACACCAGUUGGUGUUUAACUGACCCAUCGAUGUUUUCACUCUUUGUCCUUAUGUUCUGAUUUUUGGUGCCAGCCUGUUUUUCUUCACAUUAUUGUCUAUGUAAUUCCAAAGUACGAUUGUAUUUCUAA